AUGGCCUGCGAAGAUUGCGCGGGACCGCGAGUUUAUUAUUUCGGUAAGGGAAAAGGGAAUGUAGGGCACGGUAUACAGCACGCGGAGAGCGGUGUUACGGCGCGUCGCGUCGCGUCGCGCCGCGCAGUCUCUCGACUCCGAUUGGCCGGCGAGAAAUCCGCGCCAACGAACGGAGACCAGUUGAGCGCGAGACACCGAGUAGGACGGUCGUACGUACCGGGCGCAGCGCGGUUGACUCUUAUCACGGCGCGAGAGAGCGUAGUACGAGAGCGGCGUGAGUACGAGAGGCGCGGUGGAUCCACAUUCCGUAUACAUGUCCGACCGGGACCGCUGCGAAAUGACGACGAGGUGGUGAACGGCCUCCCCCUCCUCUCCCCCUUCUCGGCCCAAGUUCUUCGUCUCUACGUUUCGUGGGAUUUUACUCCGACUGCCCGGAACUGCGGGAGGAUUCGGACGCGCGACGGGAAAAGUGACAUCGCCGGCACGAUCGGUGAUGCCUCUUCCCCGUACCAACUUCUUGGCCAUUUCGUCGAUACAUUCGAGCAAUUCUUUGAUGUUAAUAAUGUCCAUGUAAAAACAAUCAUUCCAUCGUUUGCUAUUUACCCGCGAGCUGACGGUCCAUUAACGCAUUUGUCUCGUCUGGCGCAUAACUCCAUCGUACAUUUAUCGCCCAAUCAGUCGGUGAAAGCGCAUCGGACUGAAAUCGAUCUGACGCGUAAUACUGCCAGCGCCAUUCGAAGUAAAUGGUUGUCGACACACCGCGAGGUAUCGGUAGAAAAUCGUUUCGCGGCACCAGUCACGUACCCGUUUGGGUACGGUAGAGCCUCGGCCAAAGACCAGCAUCAAGAUAAAGUCAGUGGGAGCUCUACCCAAGGAUGCGCAGGAACGGGUGGUGCCGUUAGUGGUGGAUAACGACUCGUUGGAGGGACCAGCGAGCGGCGA